AUGGCGGCAAAGGCUGAAAUGAGCGACGAUGAAGGGGUUAUUUCAAUCCGUGAAGCUAUCCAAGCGGAAGAAAUUUUAGAGGAAGAGACUGCAGCCGUAUUAGGUGAUGUUGACGACAAUAACUGCACAUAUUCCAAGGGCUAUGUGAAACGUCAGCCACUAUAUGCUUGCUAUACCUGUACUGCGAAUAAAGGUAUUCUGGCAGGAGUUUGCUAUGCUUGCAGCAUUCAUUGCCAUGAUGGUCAUAUCCUUUACGAAUUGUAUACCAAAAGAAAUUUUCGAUGUGACUGUGGAAACGAUCUCUUUUCAAGUACUCAGUGCACACUAGAUCAAAAAAAAGAUAAAUUGAACCUUAAAAAUACUUACAAUCAGAACUAUAAAGGCUUAUAUUGCGUUUGCAACAGACCUUACCCAGAUGAGGAAUGUCCGGAAGAAAAUCAGGAUCAAAUGAUACAGUGCAAUAUUUGUGAGGAUUGGUUCCAUGCGACGCAUUUAGGAAAAUGUCUACCAGACAAUGACCGAUUCACAGAGAUGACCUGCGACUCAUGUGUCCGCAAGCAUUCAUUUUUAUCCAUUUAUUCCCCAAUAGUAGACGUUACUUAUGAUAGUAAGGUAGAUGUGGAAAGUUUGCCGACUGAUUUGGUUACGUCAAAUAAGUCAGUUGAUAAGGAUGAACCUAAGCUUAGCGUUAGUAAUACUUCAAUUUCCUGUGCUGAGGAAAAAGAAGGUGCGACCAUUGAUUUAAUUAAUAAUGAUGGCGCAAUUGCAAGGAAAAGAAAAGCAAGUGAUGAUCUUUGUACUGAUUCAAACGUAAAGAAAGAUGCCAUAGAUACUUGCAAGCUGAAACGAUUGCAAGAAAAAUAUAAAGAUAUUAAAUGUGACAUUUCAGUGAUGUACUUCCGCGAUAACUGGCGAUCAGAGUUGUGCACAUGUGGAGAUUGUAAGUGUCUAUAUAAGUCACAUGCUGUAGAAUUUCUACUGGAUCCUGAAGAUAGUAUCCAUGUGUACGAAGAGCGCAGCAAAGCUAAAUACGAAUGUCAGCGACAUGCUGGUAUAAAUGAACUGGAUACUCGAAUAGACAAUUUGUCAUAUGAUCAGAAAUGUCACCUGGCUUACGGAAUCAACGAUUUUAAGAAUAACUUAACAGAAUUUUUGAAAGAUCUCGCAUCGAAGAAUAAGGUUGUUGAACCAGGUGAUAUUCAGGAUUUUUUCAACAUGCAGGAAGAAAAACGAAAAAAAUUGCGAACGACCCUUCUUAGAUGA